CUCCUUCGCCUCCAAGUCAGAGAUGCCUGCUUUGUUGUUGUAGCUCGCCUUUUCCAGCUUCUAAAAAGACUACAGGCUAGUGCCCAGACAUUUGCAGCAGUAGAACCAACCAAAUUCCGGCUGGCAUCGGCGAUCAUGCCACGACGACCCUACAGCCAAGACCCGACUGAGUUGAGACCGUUGCAACCGUUCGAUCUGUCGAGUCAUGCGACGACUGGUAACCAUGCGGCUUCUGCAAAACGGCGUAAUGUCAGCAGAGCUUCGGAGAAGAUCCAGGCUUGGUUGGCCGCUACUCGUGGCCUACUAGACGCAACUGCAGAGUCGAGCAUCCGCAGCCAGAGGAACUCGGGCCGAGCGGACAGUUCCGAGUUUCAGGGAUUCAGAGAAAAAUCUACAAGAGUCGACCAAUCAGCCAAUGGCAGGCUGCCUGCCUACGUGGAAAGAGUGCCAUUAGCGCGUAGAAAGCAACCCCAAUCUCGUCUCAUCACCAUCCUCGAGGUGGGCCUGGUCAUCAGUGUGUUCAGUUUGGCCGGAUUGGCCGUCAUCUUUAGGGACGACCUGCAUAUCAUUCUUCUCAAGCUUUACGCACAUGCUGGAGUCAUGUUAGGCCAUAAUUACUUAAACGGCCGACUCACCGGCGGACCUGACCUUGGCCAGGCUGUGGUAUGGCUACGCAAGGCGGCUGAGAAGGGUCAUUCACGAGCUGCCUACAAUUUGGCUGCAGCCAGACUUAAAGGAGCUGUGUCGGAUGAGAUGGUAUCUCGUCACGAGGCCACUCAUUGGCUACAGACACUGGCCUCGACGUCGAACACAGAGGACAAAAGCGAAGAAAGACUGCAAGCCAGAGCCGCUUGUGCCAGGGGCUAUUGCUUGCAAUAA